AUGGAGAGAGAGUAUUUAGAGAGUCUGCCUUUUCGGUCAGCGGUAUAGAAUAGUAACCCAUGAUGCACUUCAGCACACGCAGUGGUCAAAGACCGGUAGAUUAGAAAAUUGUGUAAGGUUUUUCCUAGGGUGACCUUUGCAAAUUUAUGUCUCAUUAAAUAUGCCGUCUGGUCGACAAAGAACAUCAGCAAAUGCACCUGAUGCCUCCACUGUGACCUUAAACGAAAAAAUCCUGAAAGAGUGUCACGAUUUGUAUACAGAGAAGGAUAGAGGUCUUGUUACCAUUGCUAGUGGGCUGGGAUUGAAUCUACUGGCUCCAAGAAAGAAGAUAACUGUCUUGCUGCUUGGAAAUCAUUCUGCUGGUAAAAGCUCUUUUAUAAACUGGUAUGUGGAAGAACAUGUUCAGAAGACCGGUGUUGCUAUAGAGACCCAGGGGUUCACUUUCGUCACGAGUGGGAGAAAAAGAGAAUCUCUAACUGGAAAUGCUACAUUACAUCUUUAUCCACAUUUCAAAUCUUUGCAAGAUCUUAAAGGUGUUGUGGAUUACUUGACGACUGAAAUCUCAACAUCAAAGCAAAAGAAGUUCAGCCUGGUGACAUUUGUUGACACACCUGGACUUGUUGAUGGAGACAUGAAGUAUGCAUUUGACGUGGAUGAAUCCAUCCUGUGGCUAGGCAAUCUGGCUGAUCUGAUCUUUGUGUUCUUUGAUCCAAUUGGACAAGCACUUUGCAAAAGGACGUUAAAUUUAGUUGAAAAGCUGAAUGAGAAGCAAGGUGAUCGUAUCAGGUUUUUCCUAAGUAAAGCAGACACAGCAGGACAGGAGAGUGACAGACAGAAGGUGUUGAUGCAAAUAACUCAAGAGCUUUGUAAAAGGCCUGGACUCAACAAAGCAGGAUUUGAAAUGCCGACUAUUUACAUCCCAACACUGUUGGACAAGCCAGCAAGAUGUGCAAACCAAAUUGAAGAAGUCUGUAAAGAAAUUGAGAAGACAAUCAACCAGACAAUACAGAACACACUAAACACACUUGAGAAGGACUGUGAGAAAAUUGCUGACCUGGUGGAUAAAAAACUGACAAUUGAUACGGAAGCAUGCUCACACAAUCUGAAGGCCAGAGUAAAGGGCAUGUUUUUUGGUUUCUUGGGCCUUCUUCUUCCUGUUGUUCUUUUGAUCAAUUUCUUGGCAAGCAGCAGUGCAAGAGGAACUUUGAAUGGACUUGCUGGAAAAGAAGUAGCUGAAAAACUUCAUAUGUAUACUGCUCCAGUUGAGAAAAUGUGGCUGUCAAUCCCAGUGGAGUAUCAUAACCACGCCCUUGUAGGGAUGCUGGUGUUUUCUUUUCUGUUGUUAAUUGUUGCUAAGCUUUUCUCAAGACUAAAACCAACCCUGUCACGGAAACAGAAGAAGACACUUCUUGAGCAGAGGUCAUAUGUGCAGGGAUAUGUUAAAGGUCACAAGGAGCGGCUUUACAGAGAAUAUCUACAGCAAAGUGUUGGAUCUCAUGACUUUGAUGCUGUCAAGUUCUAAUUUAUCAGGAUAGCUACAAAUCGCCAGAUGUUGAACCACAAUAACAUAUGAUCAUGAAUUAUACAUAAAUAAAGGUUUAUAUACGUACACGAUCUUUUGUAUUGUUUCGAGUAUCAUCAGCUCUAUGUCUCGUAAACUCAAACGAAUAAACAAACAAAGUCAAGUUUUCCACUCCCCACAUAGCAAUGCCCUGAGGUAAGGUAAGGUAAAGUCUGCAUGCGAGCCAAGUGGCCCAUCAGGCCGGAGCUUAUCCCGGUUUCUGUAGCAUGAAGCGAUUAGGAGAAUUUCUACUCCCCCCUGGAUGGGAUGCUAGUCCACCGCAGGGUUACCCGCAGUAUUAAGCUCGCCGGUGCCCAUUUAUACACCUAGGUGGAGAGAGGCACUGUGAGAGUAAAGUGUCUUGCCCAAGAACACAACACAAUG